AUGAUUAUUCAUGGCACUAAACAUAUCUUUGCAGCCUUUGAAACCACAAAACGUGAACUGACUGAGGAAAGGGACCGACAGAAGCAAAGACUCCAGAGCAUAGAUCGUUACUUGUCCGGAGGUUGGAUUAGUUUCAGUGGGAGUGUGUACCUGGGCUCCACCACAGAGAGAAACUGGUCUGAGAGCAGACAGUUCUGUCAGGAUCAAGGAGCCGACCUGGCCAUCAUCACCAGUGUCCAGGAGAAGGACUUCAUAAGCUCUAUAUAUAAAGAUCGCAUGUGGAUUGGCCUGAGUGACCUGCAGGAGGAAGGAGUCUGGAGAUGGGUGGACGGCACAAAGCUCACUACGAGCUUCUGGAUGAGAGGCGAGCCAAACGAUACCGGAACUGGAGAAGACUGUGUUGAAAUGAUCUAUAAGGGUCAGCUGGGAAGGUGGAACGACGAAAAUUGUGGUGUUGCACAUCAGUUCAUCUGUGAGAGAAGACUCGAUGAUUUGUGA